AUGCCGACAAAGGUCCGCAAGUUCGCGCACGCCUUUACCGCCAGCGACGGCCAGCUACCGGCGCUCGAGGCCAAGAAGCCGAAGGUCGGAUCUCACAGCGGCACGCUCCCUCUCGCGAGCGGCAAGUCCUCGAAGCGGUUCGCGCCCGUCCGCGGCGGCCGCCAAUGGACAAUCUCCAUUGCCGUGCCGGGCAGCAUGAUCAGCAACCUCGCAACUGCUGAGCAGCGCCUCGCGACCGUCGCCCGCCUCGCCCGAUCCCUCGCCAUCUUUUGCGUAGACGAGGUCAUUGUCUACGACGACGACGCGCCGGCGGCCGCGCGCGGCAAAAGCACACUCACGCGCUUCCCCGGCGCCGACGGCGCGCCGGGCGUGGACUCCUACACGGGCGACACGGACCCGUGCCACUUUGUCGCGCAGGUGCUCUCGUUUCUCGAGUGCCCGCCGUUUAUGCGCCGGCGGCUGUUCCCGCUGCACCCCAACCUGCGGCACACGGCGCUGCUGCCGACCCUCGACAUGCCGCACCACCCGCACGCCAAGGCGCCCUGGCUGCCGUACGUCGAGGGCGUGACGGUGCCGGCCGCCGACAGCAGCAACGAGGAGGCCGACGGGAAGAGCACAUCGCACGGCGAGGGCUCGUGGGUCGACGCGGGGCUCGGCGGGCUGGUGCACGUCGAGGAAGCCAUCCCCCCAAACACCCGCGUCACGCUGCGGAUGGACAGCCCGGAUGCGCAGCAGAAUCCGGCGUGCGCGCAUCCGGACGCCCCGCGCACAGAGGGCGGGUUCUACUGGGGGUACGCGGUGCGCCGGAGCGCGAACCUGUCGGGCGUCUUCACCGAGUGCCCGUACGAGGGGGGCUACGACCUGAGCGUGGGCACCUCGGAGCGCGGCACGCCGCUGUCGCAGGCCAUGGCGAGCCACCGCGAGGCCCAGCAGCAGAAGCACGGCCACAGCAGGCACGGCCACGACCGGGGCCGUUACGGCAACGGAGGAUACGGACAUGAUGGCGGCGCAGCCUACAACUCGUCGCCGCGCACGCCUGCUGCUGCUCCGUCGUUUCGGCACCUGCUCGUCGUCUUUGGCGGCCCGCGGGGCAUCGAGCUCGCGGCCGCCCACGACCCGCACCUCGCCGAGCUUCGCAUCCGCGGCGCCAAGACGCAGGAGCUGUUUGACCACUGGGUCAAUGUCCUGCCAGGCCAGCAGGGCAGCUGGGCGGUUGACACGGACGAGGCGGUGCCGAUUGCGCUGAUGGGGUUGAGAGGGUUGUGGGAGGAGUCGGUAUAA